GUAGCAGGUAGCACGCGCAGUUACCAGGGUAGCGAGCGCGGCCCCGGCUCCUGUCAACCAGUUCCUCAGGCCGGGUUAGGGAUGGAGGCUACUGGGAACGGAGCACCGGGGACCGGGAGGAUAUCUCCGACACCCGAUGAGGAUUCCCCGCCGCUGAACAGGGACAGGCUAGCCGGCAUACAGAAGGGGAACAGCGUGUGCUCCCGCUCCUACUUCGUGGUGGUGAUGGUUUUCGUUCACGUCUAUAUCCUGAAUGUCAUCGCGCUGCUUCUCUAUGUUUACUACAGCAACGGCAGCCAGGACGGUGCGGACACUACGGGGGGACCGACCGCUGCCACCUCCAGCGCUCCUGCCACCUCCACACCGGCCCCGGAGCACAGAGCUCACCUCAGGAGGGAGGACGGGAGCGGGCCCUACAGCUACCUGCCCCGGCUGGAGGGCAUCAAGGUUGGCUACAAACAGAAGAUUGAAUUGGUCAACAACAGAAUGUAUGACAUGAAGACGCUGAGCCUAAAGCCUCUUCUGUUUGAAAUCCCCAACUUUUUGUCAGAGCAAGAAUGCAAACUCCUCAUCCACCUUGCCCAAAUCAAAGGACUCCAAGCCAGCCAGAUUCUACCUGUGGACGGCUACAAGGAAGCCAUGGAAAAUUUAGAGAUAAGCAAAGCUGACAUCUUUAAUCUGUUGGAUCACAAUCAAGAUGGGCAGCUGCAGAUAAAAGAGGUAUUAACCCAUUCCCGUCUUGGGAACGGCAGGUGGAUGACGCCAGAGAAUAUUCGAGAAAUGUAUACAGCUGUUAAAGCGGACCCCGAUGGAAAUGGUGUCCUCAGUCUGGAGGAGUUCAAAAAGCUAAACCUCAGAGAUUUCCACAAAUACCUGGGCAACCGAGAAAUCACCAUGAACGAUUUAGUGAGGAACAGUCAGCACACCUGGCUCUACCAGGGAGAGGGCGCUCACCAGGUGCUAAGAUCCAUUCGUCAGAGAGUCAUCAGGUUAACCCAUCUGCCCUCUGAAGUGGUGGAGAAUAGCGAGCCUUUACAGGUAGUGAGGUACGACACCGGCGGCCAUUACCAUGCCCACAUGGACAGCGGACCAGUGUUUCCCGAGACAGCAUGUGCCCACACUAAGCUAACAACCAAUGAAAGCGCUGCUUUUGAAACCUCCUGUCGGUAUGUCACAGUUCUCUUUUACCUAAACAAUGUCACAGGGGGUGGAGAGACAACAUUCCCAAUAGCAGAUAACAGGACCUAUGAAGAAAUGUCUUUAAUCCAAAAUGACAUUGAUCUCAGAGACACACGGAAGCAUUGUGACAAGGGAAAUUUGAGAAUUAAGCCUCGGCAAGGAACAGCUGUCUUCUGGUACAAUUACUUGUCAGAUGGCAAAGGCUGGGUAGGGGAUUUGGAUGAGUUUGCUCUUCACGGAGGCUGCCUUGUGACAGGGGGAACCAAAUGGAUUGCAAACAACUGGAUUAAUGUUGAUCCCAACAAGACACGACAGCUGUGGUUCCAGCAGGAGAUGGCCCGAUAUGCCAAAGAUGAGCAUGAAAGCCAGCAGGAGUGGACAGUGGAUAAGUCAUACAAGGACAUACACGUGGAUUUAUAACAGGAGAAAAGCAUGGCUAGAGGUAGACGUGGGUGCAGAGCGCAGCUAUCACUUACCCCGUCAUUUACAUGCCCUGUACUUCUUGUUCCAUGUCCUGGCCUUUGAGCUUUGAGAAUUUGAUAGGGCUGCUAUCCAGGCUCCGUGCCACAGACAGGCAUCGGUGAGAAGAGUCUGCAUGGCUGGUACACAGGAAGCAUAGUAGAGAGGGGCUCUGUGCUGUCAGACAGGGCAGCAAUGGGUAAGCCACAUUGAGCUACAUUUAUUGGCUUUUCAUUACAUCCAAGUUCAGAUUUUUUUUUUUUUUGCAACCUUUUUUAAUAUCACUUAUGUAUGGACAAACAACAACCACCACCAAAAAUGUUCAUUUAUGUCGGCUGUGAGUCUACAGGCUGCGAAUUUACUGUAUCUGGCAACAUUUUUUAAUGUGAACAACCAUUGGAAAAAAGCUUCCAUCAAGGGCAAAUGAAGAUCAUUUAGUGUGUUUAAUGAAGGUGUAAAAAUAUAGGGGGAAAUUUAUCAAGAAAUGUCUAUGUUAGAUCAAAUUUCCACCAUUUAUUUUGUCUAUACUUUGACUGCACCUUAUUCAUCAAUAAUGAGCCGCAUAACGAUGAAUAAGGUGCAGCUCUCCUUUAGUGUGAAAAGUUGUCUAACGUACACCUUUUCUAAAAAAGAGUCAGACCAACAACCAGAGGCCUGGGUUCUCAACCUGUGGUACACAUACCCAUAGGGGUACGCCACAGGUUGAGCGUUGGUAUGCGAAAGCGCCGGCAAAUACUGCCCAUGCACUGGCAAGUACUUGUUAGCGCACAGCUGGGCAAACCUCCAGCUGUUGCAGAACUACAAUUCUCAGCAUGCAGUGACAGAAGGGCAUGCUGGGACUUGUAGUUAUGCAACAGUUGGAGGCACACUUCUAUAACUUUCAGCAUGCCCUUUGGCUGUCCGUGCAUGCUGGGGGUUGUAGUUAUGCAACAGCUGGAGGCACACUGGUUGCAAAACACAAGAGUUUGUUAGAUAAACUCUGUCUGUCAGUGCAUGCUUGGCGUUAUAGUUUUGCAACAGCUGGAGGCACAUGGGUUGGGAAACACUGAGUUACAAAACAGAUAAUGUUUCCCAGAUAGUGUAACUUCAGUUGUUGCAAAACUACAACUCCCAGCAUGCCCAGACAGCCGAAGGGCAUGCUGGGAGUUGUAGUUUUGCAACUACUGGAGGAGAACAGAUUGGGGACCACUGUGUAGUGGUCUCCAAACUGUGGCCCUCCAGAUGUUGCAAAACUUCAACUCCAAGCAUGCCCAGACUGUCUAGGCAUGCUGGGAGAUGUAGUUCGGCAACAUCUGCAGGGCCAGAUGUUACAGAACUACAACUCACAGCAUGCCUGGUCUGUCUGGACAUGCUGAGAGUUGUAGUUUUGCAACAUCUGGAAGAGCACAGAUUGGAGACCACUGCACAGCGGACUCCAAACUGUGGCCCUCCAGAUGUUGCAAAACUACAACUCCCAGCAUGUCCAGACAGCCAAAGGCUGUCUGGGCAUGCUGGGAGUUGUAGUUUUGAAACUCCUAGAAGCAGCAGCAAAGAUUAGUGACGAUCUUCACUGCUGCCUCUGAUGCCGACGCUGCCCCAUUGCCUCCCCCAUCCCUGGUUUUAUAAUUACCUGUUCCCGGUGUCCGCGCUACUUCUGGCUCCUGCGACGUCCUGCGCGCUGCGCAAUGACGAGUAACUUCCUCAACGCGACGUCACCGUCAGUGCGCCCAGUGACAGCUCAGGACGCCGCCGGAUCCAGAAGUAGCGCGGACCCCGGGAACAGGUAAUUAUAAAACCGGGGAGGCAAUGGGGCAGUGGCGGCGGUGGUGGUUGAACUAGGGAGGACCCCAGGACAGGCAGGGGGAGAGAAGCGGGUGGCGGCGGCGGUCUCUGGCCCUGCUAAAGCCCCUACAGUUCAUUGAUUUAAAGUGUCUGCUUCAAAUCAUUGAUCUGCAGCGGCUUCUGAGGGUGGGAGGGGUGAGGGGGGAGAAAUAGCCGAUAACUUAUACCGGAAUAUCGGUAUAAGUUAUCGGCUAUCGGGCUGGUAACAGCGGGACUUCUGCCAGUUAACCCAUGCGAUGCCACGCAUCCCCAGGUUAACUGAAUGCCGUCUAUAGAUGGCGGAAUGCGCUAAGGACCUGCGCAAUUCGCCGUCUAUAGAUGGGAUUCUGCGGGAAGGGGUUAAAGGUUGAAUUGUGGAAGGUAGAAGUGAUUCUCACGCCUACUGGUAGGUGGUGUAGCUUUGCGCCUAAAAAUUUACAUUUACGCACAAAAUAGUGACUUUUGACUAAAGUCGCAAUUGAUAAAUACGUGACCACUGCAUGGUAAAAAAGAAAAAGUUCUAGGGGUAGGCAAAAAGAGUAAAACUGUCUACAUCAAAAGGCGCAGAAAAGUCUCAAAAUAUGCUGCUUGCAACUGAACUGCGCCAAAAUAUAGACAAAAAAAAUGCUCUAAAAGCAAUGAUAAAUCUCCCCCAUAGUUCUUGAGGUGAAAGCUGCUGCUGGAUGGGGGAUACUUUUUUUUUUAGGGGCUUGAAUCCCCCUGUAUUACUUAGUCCUAUCAGAGACAGUGCUCUUUAGAAUGUGGCCCCUGGAAUGAUCAGACGGUCAUCCCAGAUCCUGCUCCCAGCAUCCCCAGCAUACAACUGCAGGGGAACUAAAGUAUUACAUGGCAGCCAUUUAUAUCAUUGGCCAUUCUUGUAAUACAGGCUUAGAAGAUUUCCUUUUUAUGAUGACAAUAUGUGCUAAUAUUGCAUAUAGACAAGAGUUCUGGAGUUCUCUAAAAGAGAAAAAUGUGCUGCUAAAAAUGAUAUAAAGAAAUUUGUCAACCCAAAAUGUUGAACCUUUUAAGACAAGAAGUACGGUAAGUGCUUUUUCAUCAUACUGGGUCACUUUUAUUUUUUACACCAUUUGCACAAAAAAAAACUAUUUAUUUUAUAAACAUCAGGUUAUAUCUGUUAUUUAAGGAUGAAUGUAGACGGGGAGUUUUAGUAGUCAACUGGAUUUCACUUUAUUUGAAAGGAGGAGAAAGCGCUGAAACAUCAUUAACCCUCUCAGAGAAUCUUUAUUUUUCUUUAUUGAUUGCAUGUUGUAUGUUUUGGAGAUCUGUAGCUUUAAUAUCUUUCCAUAAUUGUGUAAGAAAGAGAAGAUUGCAUAUCAAAAGUAAGUGGAUGUCCUAAGCAGGGCUACCCCACGGGAAGCCUCUCAGGUCCAGUUUGAUCUUUGUCUCCAGCUUCAUGUCAUACAAGUGUCUAAUGUAACUGUGUGAGCUUCUGCUGUUAUCCCUUUGUCAUGUCGCUUUGGCUUCAAAAUUCUGUGCUGAUUAAUUAACUUAUAUUUAUUGGUAUUUUCUGUAAAGACAUAGGGGGGGAUUUAUAAAAUCCUGUCCAGAAGAAAAGUUGCUGAGUUUCCCAUAGCAACCGAGGCAUUUUCAAAAUUAAAGAAGUGAUCUGAUAGGUUGCUAUGGGCAACACAGCAACUUUUCCUCUGGAUAGGUUUUGAUAAAUCUCCUCCAUAGGCCCAGAUUUGUCAGUGCUGUCUAAGGCAGGCAAGUAUGCAUUUUUUUAUUUAUUCCUAAGGCACCAUGCCACCUUUAAAAAAAAAUAUAUAUAUAUAUAUUUUUUUUUUUUACGGCCUGUAGCUACCACUAGAGGGAGCUCACAGCAUACAUAUUUUAUAGAGUUUAAUGUGUAAACUAAAUGUAGUAAACCUCUGAGCACCCUCUUGUGGUAGCUGCAGGUACAUAAAAUGCUAGAAUUAUCUCUGUGUCUUCAGAGGUUAUUUGUCUUAAACAAAAAAAGAAACUAAUCAGCACAAAAUAUUGGACCUGGGGUUUGAUGUUGACAUGCACUCUACAGUGCUUUCAUCCCAUUUUUUUUUUUUUGCUUCACAAUAAACAUAGUAAAACAAUAAAGACGGUACAUAUCCUUAUGAGGAUUUCAUGCCCGCUGUAAAGUCAAUCUAUCCAAUAGAGUGACAUAAUCCCAUGAGGCAGGUUUUAUCAUCUCUGUGGUGCUGUACGAACAUAUACUCGCUAUAUUGCUAUUGUUAGUAUGGGAUGCAGUUUCCACAUCAGAGUUUUCCAACCAGGGUGCCUCCACUGGUUCAAAAGUACAACUCCCAGCAUGCCCGGACAGCCAAAAGCUGUCCGUACAUGCUGGGAGUGGAAGUUUUGCAACAGCUGGAGGCACCUGAUUGGGAAACACUGCACUAUGCAGAAAACCCCCUUUAAAACGGCCAUAGACAUUAGUGGAACGUCUGCUGAUAACUAGCUGACAGCUUAAAUAACAUAUCAGACUUUCUCAGUCAUGUCCCCCUAUGGUGCCCUAAAUGAAAUAAGAUCACUUCACUAAGUGAUAAACACCAAAGAACUUAGGGGAAACUAAACGCAUAAACCCUCAUUUCCCUCUCCCAAACCUAUUUAAUAAUCUAAAUAUCAUUCAGUUUCCUCUCUUCUAGUUGUCAUUUACCUGCAGGAAGUGAGGAAAAGACAUCAUUCAGCCAUUCAGUGAGUCUCUGUCCAAGUCCCUCUCUGAAAGGAGCCCCCACACUCCUUAGAGACACAGACCACAUGAUUUCUGCCCUGCACUGAUGAGUCAUGCUCCCUUUAGUGCUGAGAACUGGGAGGUGUAUGCAGCCUCAGCCAAUCAGAAAGGGAGCUGACCAGCAGUGAGAGCAGAGCUGCAAUGACUCCUGGGACUUGUAGUAUCAUGCUGCAGGGGAAGGAAAUAUGGAAAAGAAUCUCAAGCAGCCAGAGAAGACAACAGGGGCCACAGGAGCCAUGCAUAUCAGGUGGAAUCAUUUCAGGGAACAUAUCCAGGUAGUGUGGUGGCUUUGAAGCUUCUUUUUAUAUUUAAAUACUUCCCUGGAGCUGUUUCCUGUUACCCUGGAGCAGUGCAUUGUGGAAGAUCAGAUGACAGUUUAAGGCUAUGGCCACACAGUAACAUGUCACAUGACAACAGAUCGCAUCUAGGUCGCAAAUCAAAAUAUAUGUGCGACUUUAUUACAGUGGCAUUUCGCCCGUUUAUAAGAUAGCCAAAAUGCAGAGAGGCCGCAAGCAGGUGGCACUCGCAUGUGAUUUUGCAUUGAGAUUGAUGGCAGAAAAGUCGCAUGUGACUUGUGACCUGAGAACAAUAAUCCAUUGAAAGUGGAUUUUUUGCAACUGUUGCGUCACAAUCAUGCUAUGUCGCAGCUACAACACUAUCCACAUGUCUAACAGCGAAUGGAACUAAACUGUUGUCGUUUCCAAGGGGUCAACUGAUAAUAUUUCAAAGUGUCUACAUAUAAGAAUAACAAAAAAUACUUUUAGUAUUGACCUUGUACGGAGCAUGCAAUUGUGACUCCAGCCUUAGGGUUAUUUAUUUCCUUAUCAUUGCUGGUCCUCAUCACUCCAUCUUAAGAAGAAAUGUUAUUUAGUGUUAUUUUCGUCUGUUCUGAGGUUUAAAAGUUUAUUGUCCUUGUAAUUUUUAUGUCUAUGUGAUGCUUGAUGCCUGAAAUGCGUGGGAUUUAUUGCACUUUUUCACUGUUUACACACCUUGAAUCAGGACGAUUAUCAUAUGAACUAUCCCACAUGUUAUUUAUUGGCACGUUUCACUUUAUGUAGCUGUUUCUUCAGUUAAUGUUGUUUGUUUUACCUUUUAAAUUAUUGAAAAAUAAAAAAUAUUUAUACCUG